CCCAGUCUUUCUCAUCGCUCUUCGAUACCACCGGGCGCGCGGCUCACGAUGAGCAGCAGCGACGACCCGUCGACCGGGUAUGGGUACGGCUAUGGGACUGCUACGUUCACAGAUGUAUCACCAACGCGGGGUGGGUCGACGAACGGCUACACCACCGACACGCGGGACGAUUACACCGAUACCGACACGCACACGCAAACGUAUACCUAUACCACGCAAACCGACAACAACUACACCACUACCGACAACUACACGCACGGGGACCGGGAGGAAGAGUAUACCGACAGCGACUCGCUCGAGGAAGUCGAGGCGACGCUGCAGCAUUCUGAUGAGGAGUACGACGAGAACACGGCACCGUGGGUUCAGCACCGACGCGCAGCAACCUCCCCGUCGGGGUCGUACACGGGGACAGGAUCGUACACGGGUACUGGGACGGGGUAUACGGGUUCCCCGUCGUUUGCAAACUUGCCAUCAUUCAAUCUUGGGCUGGGGCUUGGGAUGGGCUCUAGCUCGCACUCGUACACCACUCCUUCAUACACAACAUACACCUCAGACUCAUACUCGGACACAAUCGCCUCACCUCCGUAUGCGCACCCCGCACGCCUCAGCAGGAUCACGGAGCGCAGUGAAGAAGCCACAGGAUCCCGACCCAACUCAUACGGUCUUCCUCUUCCCGCGCGCCAUUCGCGGGCGUCGUCGGAUCCGGGGGCGGAACUACCACCACGAGGCAGAGCUAACGAGCUGAUAGCCGUGUAUGAGAAUCAGCCAAUGAGGAGUGUGUCUCCGUUCACGACUUCUGCGGGGCCUGGCACGGAGACGACCACCCACGCAGGUGGGUUUUACAGCACGUAUGGGUCGCGACCAGCGUCGCCAACGAAGAGCUCGAGGUUGGGUUCGAAUUCCUCUGGUGAGCAGAUUUUAUGCUCAAGUGUCCAAUCUGAUAAAAAUGAUUCAGUCACUAACACGAACACGAACACCACUACGGUGACGAACAGUCGUCCGUCGAUGGGGACGAUUUUGUCGGCCGGUCCGAUGAGCCCUACGACGCGAUCAUAUUCACCGACGAGGAGCUAUACGCCGUCCAAUACGUCGUUCACGCCUUCGCACACCGUCACGUCGUACACUCAGAGCGGGACGCGGACUUACACACCCACUGCAACCUACACAACGACGUCUGGGUCCACGACACCGCCUUUGCGGCGCCCGACGCAAGGCACCAGUCCCCGUUCGCCGCUCGCAUCCGUGCGCAACAUUGUGGCUGCGUGGAAAGAACGCGGGUCGCCAACAAAAAGCCCGGCAGUGCGCAAGACGUCUUCCUCACCAUCCGCCUCCUCUGCCUCGUCAGCGGCUCCCUCAGAAAGACGGGAACGGGAGCGCGAGCUGCCGCCCUUGCCUGUCGAGGCCGAGCUGGAUCUAUUUGAGAUGCGCAGAAGGGCACGGCCGGAAGAUACCGCGUCCCUCCGUAGUGCCAACAGCGUGCGCAGUGGGAAUGGGCUGGGAAUGACCCCGAGCGAAUUAGGGUCGUACACCCAGACCAACGAGCCUCCCCUGCACAUUGGCUCACUUUGGUUCCUCAAUGUUCAUACAGAACCGCCGUACCGCUGGCAGCGAUGUCGCGCGUUACUGUACCCGCAUCUGCUACUUCUCUCUUGGAUCGCACCGGGCGGAGGACGCGGUAUUGUGGGAUUGGACCUCAUUAACUGCAAAACGGUGAACAGUUCGACAAGCUUGGGGAAUCCUAGCGCAAGAGACGACGUGGGCAGUGUCGCUGCGCGACUGCAGAGCGAAACGGGCGAACCCGGUGUGGACACGCUAGUUGAUCUCCUAGUGCCAUUCCAGAUGACCUACGAUGAUGGAACCGAGAGGCUGGCGGCAGAGAGUCUGGUAGAAAGACAAAGAUGGGUGAACAGAAUCUGGGAAGCGAUUCACCGCCCGCCAGUUGGCCUAAGCGAUGACAACGACGACGCGCAAUCGACUUCGCAACACUCGCUAGCCCGGUCCGAGAGCAUCCGCACGAUUUUGUCGAUCUCCUCCGCGUCAUCGGCGUCGUCGACAUCGAGCGGCAGCCGCAACACGGUCUUCGUCCCGCCGUUAUCCGAGGUACCUGAUGUGCCGUCGGAGACUGAAUCUGGGACGGGCACUGCGACCGCGAGCUGGACGCGGACGUUUACACCGAGCGAAGCCUGGACGCGGACGUUUGCGAGCCCCUCGACGGGCGUCAACACUAACCGGACAGGGGAUCUCUACGAGGACUACACGAGCUAUGUGCGCAGCUUGACAGAACAGGAAGGGGAGCUGGGCACUGCGACGUUCAGUUCUGCCAUUUCGUCCCGACCGCAGCAUACAGGCACAGUCGACGACAGUGUGAUCAGCGGGAGCUCGUACUUGUAUCCUGGAGAUCGACGUGUCAUCAGCGGCCGGCGGAGCGGUGCGCGAAGAGGAAGCAUGGGCGAGAUCGAGGAGAGUUUCCAAUCCAACUCUUCGGAGGAAGACGCGUACCAAAGCGCAAGCUCGUCUGCUAGCUCCCGGUCGGCGUCGUCAUAUACGAAUGCGCUGACGCACACGAACACCCACGCCAACGCUCAGAUCGGCCUUGGGCGCUUCGGUAGCUCUGUCGGCCUUGGGCUCCGGACUGGCUCGUCGUGGAGCCCUACUCGAACCGGGACGUUCAGUGGGACCGGGAGUGGCUCGAUCGGUACUGCGACGUUUGGGUAUUCGAUCGGGACGGGGUAUUCUGGAACUGCCAGCGGGUAUUCCGGGACUACGACCGGGUAUUCUGGGACAGCAACUGGAACCGGCUCGUACACGCAGACUGGAACGUCUUACACCCGAUCUGGGAGCUAUACAGGGUCGGGGUCGUACACACCCAGCUCCGGAUCCAGCUCGCCUACUCCGACGGCGUCGAGUCUAUUCAGGACGCGCGAGACGCGGCGUAGGCCGUUUGGUACUCGCGAGCUGCUCUCCGGGACUUCCUCGCCCGUGCCGUCAUCUGGAUCGGGGUCGGGAUCUGGUUCAGGAUCUUACACCAACACCAACUCGAACAGCUACACCCGCGAGUCUUACUCAUCCCAAUCAUUCUCUCGAGACUCACUCAUCUCGCCGUCUGCGUCCCGGGAUUCGUACACCAACACGCGCUCAUCGUACUCGUACUCAAGCUCAGAGGGCGGUGGGUCCAGCGGCUACACGCCUUCGUCUCACCGCGAUUCUGGCUCCGAUGUAGCUUCUGAUUUGGGCUCGGGAUCCGGAUCCGGGUCUGGAUCUGGAUCGCUUCCAACCCGCCAGAGUUCGAACCAGACUGGAUACGAUAUCUGCGAUUCGUCUGAUCUGACGGACAUGACUAUCACGGGGACGCCGCCGACUUAUUCCUCUGCGUCGUAUUCUUCAAGUUCGUCUUCUGGGUCGGAACAGCCUGCCUCUGGGGACGAAUACUUGUCUGCCUCAUCCGGGUCUGAAACGUAUGUGACCGCCUCUGGCUCGGAAUCGGGCUCGGAAUACGGCACUGCUACCAAGGCCCCGUCGUCUGCUGGGAGCGACUACAAGUCUCUUGACUCUGAGCCGGAAUCGGUAUCAGUGUACGCGACUGUGCCCGAGGCAAGCGAGAUCGGGAGUAUUCCGGACGAGGAUGUCGAGGAAGGGACGCCCAAGCCUGUCCGGGUCAUACCGCUCCCGGACGAUGACAUGAGUCGGGCUGGGGACGACCUGCAUCUCGACGUGGAGCUAGGCGAUGGCAAAACCAGUCUCAGCCGUGUCCCUAGUCUGGUCCCGACGAUUCGCAGCGAGGUGGAAGAACAGUACGGGUAUGACUACCCGCCGUUGCCCGAGAGCGAUCUGGAGUCGGAGUAUUCGGUCUAUCCGCCGUUGCCAGAAUCAGUGGUAAGCGACAAGGAGUCGGUCUACCCGCCGCUGCCCGAAUCGGAAGUCGAAUCAGAUGCGGAGACAGUCUAUCCUGCGCUGCCUGAAAGCGUCGCGAGCGAGCGCUCCUACCCAGCGCUACCGGAAAGUGUGGUCUCGGAAGACGAAGAAGAACAGUAUCCACCCCUGCCAGAGAGUGUCGUUUCGGAGGCCGAAGAGACGUAUCCGCCCCUUCCGCCGUCGUCUCUCGCUUCGUCUGAUAUCUCGGCUGUGUCGCCGAAUCGGACGGCGUCGCCGAGCACGGUAUUGUCGGCGCGGCCAUCUCUGCCGCCGAGCUCAGUGGUGUCGUCAGACUCUGACGACGGAAUCACCAGCGUUGCGACGCCGCUGUCUCUGGAACUAAGCAGCGUGUCGAGCGAGGGUGUGUCUGCGCCCAGUGCGAAUGAGUUCGAUGCGGCAACGACGAUGAGUGGAGGCUGGCCUUCGGGUGUUGAGAGCAGUGUUGAAAGCGACAGCCUGAGCGCGAGCAGUAUGUUGACGCCCUCUGUCGUGGCCUCUUCGCCUGCGCCUAGUCCUGUGCAGCUCCCCAUUCCGAUCCCGAUCCCGAUCCCGAUACUGGUCCCAGCUCCGGCUUCAGUGCCUCCAGCCCCAGCUUCACCUUCAGUUUCCCUCUCGACUCCAAUUCCAGUUCCCGUGCCCGAGCUUCCGAUCUCCACUUCCCCGAUUGCUCGAAGCGAGUCAAGCCACCACUUGUCUCCACUCUCUCGCGCCCUGUCGCGUGUGCGGUCCUGGGGCGCAGCGUCUUCGAGCGCAGGGAGUUAUGACUCCAGCUUCUUGGCGCCGUCCGUGUCGUCUGCCUCGGGGCUCGGGCUCGCGGAUCCGGCCGAGGCCGAGGUGAGCGGGGAGACAAGUUUCCUGCGGCCAAGUCUCGAUCUGGUCGACGACGCCGGCAGCGAGAGCAUGGACACGAUCCCACGCAGUAUCGUGUCCACGCUCCGGCCGAUGGGUGAUGUCGGUAGCGGGGUGAUGUUGGUCCCGAUGCCACCGACGCCUAGUGCGACAAGCGAGAGCGAGUUCUCGAGCGUUUCAACCCCGAGCUCAUUCACGUCGACAUCGUCUGGCGGUGGGCAGGUGCAGAUGAGUAUGGGAACCAGCAGCCGGCUCACUGAAAGUGAGAGUGAGAGCGAUGUGGAGACGGUGCCUUCGCCUCAGGUUGUUCCACCAUCCAGCUCGUCCUCGUCGAGUUCGUCGACGCCUUUCCCCCGGACACCGACUACGAUCUCCGGCAGCAUCAGCAUCACCACUCCCAGGGGCGACAUUCCGUCGUAUGGCUCACAGCUAUCGACCAUCCCAUCGUCGGGCGUGGCGAUUGUGGCUCCACCCGGACUCAGCCUCGACGACCUGGCCGACGAGAUGCGGCGCAUCGCAGCCGAACGCGGCGAGGAGAAUGCGGAAAUCGCCGAUGAGGUGAAGGCCCUCAGAGACGAAGUUCGUGGGCUGGGUGGGUAUCUGGCUGGCAGGCUCGAUGCGUUGGGACAUCCAAGGCUGGACGUUGAGUCCGAGGAAGAAGAGGAGGAGGUGGAAGAGCCUCUCCAAGAGGAAUACCCGCAGGAAGAUCGGGAAGCCACGCCGACGCCGACGCCGACAGCCACAGCAAAAGCUGCUCCGGUGAUCACCUACCUGCAGCCGCCACCGAUGGCGCCGCGAUACGCCCCGAGCACUGGCUCUAGUCUGGCGAGAUCUUCAAGCAAUGCGAGCAGCAUGUCGUUCUUGAGCUCGCAUUAUUCGGACGAAGGCAGCGAAUAUUCUGCAGCGGACUCGCCGUAUGGGCUGGAGAGACAGCUGGAAGCGGAUGAGGAGGAGGAAGAGGAUGAUGUCGUGGAGCGGGUGCUGCCCCCGCCCCGGUCGUCUCCAUCGUCUUCAUCGUCAUCGUCCAUGGCGCCAUCCUCGUCGGUAGUCUCGACCGUUUCCUCGACACAUACUGUCCGGCCCGGGCUGCCAGUUGACCUGUCGUUGUCGCCCGUGCAGCGCACCCUGGAUGACAUUAUUUCGCAGUUACGUGAUCUAGGAACGCAGCGGGGUUUGGAUGUAGGCGAUGGCGGCGAAGGACUCCGAAAUCUGGCUGAACAAAUCGGUGCGUUGCGAGAGGGCCAGGUCUCGACCAAUCACAUGCUGGAUUGGGUGCGAGAGAGAUUGAGCGGGCGGCGGGAGACCCCGCGGGAAGCAGUAGCCUCAGACCAUGAAGAAUCCGAUACGCCCGAUCGGCUGGCCCGCAUGGAGGACCUGUUGCAGGCGCUGGUUGACAGACCAAUGCCUACGCCGCAGCAACCAGUGGAAAUCACCUUCCCAGUUCCAGUGCCAGCUCCUGCCCCGGUUCCUUCCACUAUGCCAGCAGGCCCGCCAGCAUUAGAGCCCUCUGACCCCUCAUCGUCGGAUUCUUCGUCGACGGCCGGAUCGGACCGUUCGUGGCUCGAAGAUAUCCGCCGCUCGCUGAUGUCACUGCCAUCGCUGCCGUGGUCGCUGCUGCACACUCCCGUUCCGCUGCCGCCUUCGCGCGAUGCCAAUGGGCGCACGUUUGCGCAGCAACUUGAUGACUUGCUCUCGAGUAGUGUUCCUGUAGGCGCGGCCGGGCUCCCAGCUGCAUCAAUUGGAGCGGAACGCCCCCCGCCGCUGGUCCCGUUCGUGUAUACCCGCGGGGAGGUGCGUCGGGGUGCUCGACCGAGGAGCGAUAUCGUAGCCGAUAUUCCGGAGCUGCCGCCGAGGCGGCGGGCGGAAAGUGUCCCAUUGAUGGAUCUGCGGGAUAUGAUCCCGCCUCGUAUGGAUGCCUCCGCCCCGGCUGCACCAACGGCUCCACUGCCGCCUCCUGUUCAACCGCAAACACCAGCCGCUGGACCUGCUCUGGGAGAUGAGGGAGGCAGCAGCAGCAGCAGCGAACAGGAGAGUGACUUUGACCAGGAUGGCGGUGAUUUGGGGCCGGGGGGGCCGAUGGGGCCUGGACUAGGAUUCGGACCGCCAGGACCGGGACAAGGCCGGGGUCAGGGUCAGAGUCGAAUGCAUGAUUUCGGACCUGUGCCAGGGCCAGCUAUUGAUAUUCAUCGGCCGCCGACUGCGCCUGGUGAUCUGGGUGGUGAUCAGGAUCGUUGGUAUCAUGAACCGGGGCAUUACCGGCCAGUGGAUAUCCAACCCCCUCCGCCGCCGCCUCAGCGACCGCCGCCACCACCGCAGCAGCAACAGCCCCAAAGACCACAGCAGCCCGGGUUCCUUGAUGCGAUUUAUGGGCUUCCUGGUGUUGUUGACGAGGAUGGAAAUCCAGUCGAUAUGGCGACGUAUUUCAACGACCUAAUGGCCAUCCUGCGGGAAAAUCGCCUGGCGCAACUGGCGACGGUGGACCAGCAGCGAGAGCUGAUGCGGUACAUGCGGGGCCUGAACGAAUGGCUUGCACGGGAUGUGAAUGACCGGCAUGCGGAGCUGCGUGGUGUGAUCGCACGCGUUGAUGAGCUGAGAGCGGAGGUCAGGGCUCGGCCCCAAUUCGUUGUGCCACCUCAGCAGCAGCAGCCGAUGGGACCGCAGGACUUGGGUGGUCGGAUGGGACCUGGUGGGAUGGUUCCGCCGAGUAUGGGCCAAGGGCCGGUCAUCCCCCCAGCGCCCGGAGGUGCAGACACAGAGUCCUCCGAGGUGUCGGACGAUUCGGACGAGUCAAUGAGCGAACGGCGGCGGCCGUUUAUCCCGCCGCAGAUGCCUCAACCGCAGGUGGUUUUGGGCCAACAGCCCCAGUUUUAUCCAGGGCAACCGCAAGGACCUGGGUUCAUCCCGCCGGGGGCAUACCAAGUUCCCCCUGGAUUCGUUCCUCAACCCGGCCCGCCCGUCGUCCCACCAGAGGGAUUCGGUGGGACGCCAAUCAACCCUGCUCCGGUGGCCACAGUCCCCUUCAUCCCGCCCAAUAUGGGGCCUUUCGCACCGCAGCCGACGAUCGUGAUCAAUCCCGGCGGUGGGAUUGCGCCGCCGAUGCCGAUGCCGAUGCCCGGACAGGGAUUCAGCAUGCCGCCGCAGGAGUAUCGACCGUACGAAGCCCCGGCGCCUGGGCCUGUGACGCCGUUUGUGCCUCCGUCGCUGAUGGAUGGGGAGGAGCGAGAUGAGCGGGCGGGUCUGUAUGGGAUCGAUCCGACCCUUGUGCCGCACUACGAGGAGAGCGUGAGCGAGACGUCGAGCAGCAGCGAUGGGGACGGCCGGCCGCGGCGGCGGAGACGGCACGGGGAGGCAUCGGAAGGCAGCGGCAGUAGCAGCGGCAGUCCAGACACAGUGUUGAUGGUGCCUCCCCCCGUGGGGCCGAGUGGGCUCCAGGAGGGCAGUGUUGUGCAUCAGCAGCCAGCCUCGGCAGCCCCGCAGACGAUCAUCAUCAAUGCUGGGCCACAGGGAGCAGUGCCACCGACGCAGGUUCCCUUGCCUGGAAGCAGUGUUCCUGGCGUUGUUCUCCAGGCACCCACUCAGGCCCCGUCACACGCUCCUUCGCCGCCGCUCAUCGUCGUGAAUCCGUCCGGGCGCGGCCGCUCCCACUCGCGUUCGCCUUCGCUGCGGUACCGCGAUGACGCGCGGAGCCACGGCGGUCCGAGUCGGGGGGCCAGCUACCGCGACGGACGGGGGCGGAGGCACACGCGGUCACGAUCCCGGUCGCAGUCGCGGUCGUAUUCGGAGGACUCAGCGGACAGCUAUCGGCGGCGCCAGGAUGAGCGCCGUCGCCGGGAAGAUCGUCGCCGGCGUGAGCGACGUGAGCGGGAUGAUGGCUCGCGGUCGCGGUCGCGUUCACGGUCGCGUGAUACCCACCGAAGCCAUCGUACACCGCUGCAUUCGGCGGUUGGGUCCCAGCUUCCGCCACAGCCACAGCCACAGCUGCAGCCCCAGCCCACGGUGAUCAUCGAGCGCUCGCGGACGGGCAGCCCCGACCACGGGACGCAGACUGGGACGCCUGCGCCGGUGAUCAUCAAUGUGCCUGGUCAAUCUCAGGCGCCUCCGAUGUUCCCGAGUCAGGCGAUGUAUCCAGAGCCUCCCAUCCUCAUGGACCGGUCACGGUCACAUUCGCGGUCACGGUCACGAUCACGAUCGCCGACACGGACACGAACGCGCUCACAUUCGCCCCGACGCUCGCAGUCCGAUGGAUUUAGAGACUUUGCCAAUUCGGUCCGUGAUGAGAUUCGCGAGCUGCGCAACAUCCUGCAGCAACAGCACCAGCCGCAGCUGCAACAGGCGCCGCAGAUGUUCCCGCCUCAGAGCCAAGCGCCGAUCUUCAUGCCCGGGUCGUCAUCGAGCCACGGCCAUUCGACUCCCCCGCCGCAGGUCGUCGUGGCUCAACCGGCGCAUUCGGGCGAGCAUGCGCCGACGACCAUCGUGGUGCCGGCACCAGGACCGGCUGGAACAGGUGUGAUGUACCCCGGCACGGUUCCAGGCGGUGUUCCCCUCACUGGAAUGCCUGGUUAUCCGCACAGCGGCAUGCAUCUUCCCGGCCAACAGCCGAUUAUCGUCUCGCGCUCACGGAGCCGCUCGCAUUCGCCGUCGUCCCGGCACCGCUCGCGGUCGUCUCCGCGCACCCCGCACAUGCCGCCGGUGGUGGUGACGACGCACGACCGCCCUCUGAGCCCCCGGAGCCAUCGCACACAUACGCACACGCAUCCGCGUUCGCGCACGCCGUCGCCGCGCCGGCAGCACGAGUAUGACCGGCCGUACUCGCCGGGUGCGGGCUCGCGGCGCUACUCGCCGUCCCGACACGGAUCACAUGUGCGGCACCGGUCACGCGAGCGUGACUACGACCACGGGCGUGAUCACUCCCCUACGCGAGACCGCUCUCGCGAGCGCGAACAUGAGCGCGCCCACUCCCCUGUACGACUCAUAUCGCGGGAGCAUGAACAUGGCCGCGAUCAUUCCCCCACAAGACACCGAUCCCGUGAGCGCGAGCACGAACACGACCGUCCUCGAUCGCGAUCGCGCUCGCCGACCGACGUGGGCUAUGCCGAGGAAGAUUCCGAGCGCCGUCGCGAGCGCCGUGAGCGCCGGCGUGAUGAGAAGCGGCAUGCCGGACGCGUGGGUACGCUGCGCAGUCGAGGGGGCGGCCGGAGCCCGCCGUCGUCCGACUCGGAGUCUGAUCCGGAGAGCUACAUCCCGCACGAGCACAGCCCCCGUGAUUCAGCACGGAUAUCGCGCAGGACAUCAGAGGGACGUCCCCGUUCUGAAUUGGCUGAUCCCGUGCGCGACCCUCGGUACGGGAGCGUACGAUCUCGCUAUCCAGAUGAUGAUCGAUCUACUGUGGUCGUCCCCGUUCCGACGACCCAUGGUGGCGGUGCCCUGAGACCCGGCUCACCGCAUUCAGGAUAUCCUGGUUCUGGUAUUCCUGCUUUCGUGCGUGACGGGAGUCCCGCUCCACUCCCAGUCCUCGUUUCGCCCUCCGGCCAACCUGUCCAUUCGUACCCCAUUCCGACUCCGUCGAUUGCACAAGACCCACGCCUGGGCCAGCCAACACCCGUGCCCUACGAGGAUCCCCACCGCCCAGCUGUGCGCUACUACGACUCACAUGGGACCCCGAUCCCGAUGGAGUACGGGGACGAUGGCCAGGUCAUCUAUCCCAAAAAUCACCGCGGCCGCGUGUACGACCAUCAACGCAAUUUGAUGCGUCCCCCGACCGGUUACUCUAUUGGGAUGACCGACUUUGACGGCGCGUCGGCCCAUCAGUACGACUUUGGCCGCGAGACCCCUAGGCGACGGGAGUCCUCAUAUGUGGAGCCAGUGGAGGAGGUCGCCGAGGAAGAGGAAGAGCCGGAGCUGGAGGACGAGAGAGAUCCAGGCUUUGUUCCAUCCCGGGCGCCAUCUCGUGUUCCCUCGCGCGCGCCAUCGACUCGACCGCGACCGAUUGUCCCCAUUAUCAGGUCUCGCGACGAGCCGGGUCAAGUGGGUGUGGUUGAGCCUGUGGGCCCGCUGCCAGAAAAUCCACCGUCAUCCUUCGAUGAAGAGUCCAGAGACGAGGACGAAUCGACCUACAACGGCCCGGCUGAACAACCCGCAGUCCUCCCGCCGCUGGUGCUCCCGACCUCGCCCCCAGGUCGGCCGCUGCCGAUUCCCGAUCCCGGACAGACCCCUCGCCCGUUCUCGAGCUCGUCGUUCCCCGACGGGCGCGAGAUGGAGGCUGCCGCCGCAGAGGAGGAGCGCCUUGACCGCCUGCGGGAGAUGGAAACGCGUCUGGCCACUGCCGCAGAGCAUGCGGAGAACCUCGAGGACCAGCGCGAGUUCGACUUCCGGCAGCACGAGGAGGACCGGGAGGCCAAGUUCGCGGAAAGUCAGCGUCGGAGGGAUGAAGAGGCAAGAGAGCGCCUGGGGCAGCUGGUCGCCGAGGCAGGGAAUGUGCCUUACGGCGGCGCUGUGCCUGGUGGCGCCGGUUUCGGUGUCGGGCGCGCGCCCUCGGCUGCGUCGACACGCCCACCCCCGUCGGUACGCCCGGGGACGCGUCCGGGCUCGAUGUACGAUGUUCCUGGGGACGGCAUGGCGGUCCCAGACACGCAGUCGGUGCACGACGCACCGUCGAUGCGCGACUCGCAGUCGAUCCACGAAGCGACAGGCGAGGCGGUGUCAAUCCUGGCGACGACGAUCCGGGACACGAUCGACCUGGAGCGGGAGCAGAUGGCGGCUGAGCGGGCUGAGAUGGCGCGGAUGCGCGAGGAGCUGGAGAAGGAGCGCAACGAGGCGCAGGCGGCGCUGCUGGCGCACAAGGAGGCGCGCGUGGCGGACCUCGAGGCUGAGUUGAGGGCUCUGAAGGAGGAGAUCGAGAUCGGCCGCACGCAGCGGGAGACCGCGGAUGCCGAGGCGCAGGAACGCGAGCGCGCGGCGUUGAGCGAUAACGAGGCAGUCAGGGCCCAGUUGGGCGAUCUGACCAAUCUGGUGCAAAGCCAGUUUGAGGAGAAAAAGUCGAUGUAUGAGCAGAACCAGGUCGACAAAACGGCGCGCCGCGAGGCCAAGGAUCUCCAGAUAAUCGAGCUGCGGGAUAUGGUGCAGAAGAUCCACGAGGAUAUGGAGGAAGCACGGGAGAAAGAUACCACUCAGCCUGUGUUGGAGAAGAUCAUCGAAGACCUACGCGCGGCCAAUGCCGAACAGCGUGCACUGCUCACUUCACUGUCGGAGAGCUGGCGGACAGAUUGCACCCGGCAGCACGAAGAGACGCUCGAGGCGGUGCGCGCGACUGCUCGCGAGCAGGUCGAUUUCAACGUGCAAGGCUACCUGGACGAGUUCAGCAAGGCGCUCGCCUCGGAAGUCCGGAUGUUGCUUGGGGAAGUAGGAAAGCUCAGAGAGGAGCGUCGCGCGUUGCAGCACGAAAUGGGCUACCUGCUCUGCAUGAAGUCCAAGUACGGGCCUGGAGGCGAGUUCGAACCGGACUGGAAACCACCUACGCAGGGUGGUGGGGCACCGCCACCGCCCGAAGAGGCGCCGCCACCCCCGCCCAUGGACAUCCCCGCUGCUCGGCCCGGAUGGAGAACCGUACCGCAGGGUGGAGCGAGCCGGAAGCAGAGGAAGGCUGCCGCAGCUGCCGCUGCCGCCCAACAGCAGCCGCCGAUGCCCAUGUCGAUGCCCAUGCCGCCGCACCUCCACCACCAGCCUGGUCCGCCUCCGCCGAUGACGGGGCCCCCGCCACCCAUUGAUCCACGCCGGCAGGUGCAGAGCUGGGCGACCUGGCAACCGGACCCAGGUCUGCGUCCUACGCCGCCGUCGCACGAGGCGUCGCUGCUUGUUCCCGAACACAACGUUCCGAUGGGUUUGUUCGGGCCGAGGAGUUCGACCAGCUCGAGGAGAGGUUGAAUGAAAAUGACGAUCCACGAAUGAAUGAAGUUGUUACGAUCACGAUCUGCUUUCCUUUCUAUGCUUGUAACUCUGCAUGUGUCCAUCUCAUCUGUUGUUGUAUGCUUUCCCUUCAUCUAUCUAAUUUACGCAAAUAUUAUCUCACAUUCUUUCUGAUUCUGCGAAUGAUCACAUUUUCAUCA